AGAGAGAGAGAGAGGCGGAUAUUAUCUUUCCUGUUAGCCUGCAGAGCUACACUGAGGAGCUAACAGGCUACAUGAGCAUGGAGGGGAUUCUCUACAAAUGGACUAAUUACAUGACAGGCUGGCAGCCCCGCUGGUUCGUCUUGGAGAAUGGAGUCAUCUCGUACUACGACAGCGAGGACGACGUCGGCAAAGGAAGCAAAGGAUCCAUCAAGAUGUCCGUGUGUGACAUUAAAGUCCAUCCGACAGAUCUGACGCGUCUGGAGUUGAUCAUCCCCGGCGAGCAGCAUUUCUACGUGCGAGCUGUGAACGCUGCGGAGAGACAGAGGUGGCUCGUAGCUCUGGGCUCGUCUAAAGCGGGAACGUUAGAGAGUCACAAACACAAAGGUCCAGACUGUCUGAAGACGAAGAUGUCCGAGCUCCGUCUGUACUGCGAUCUUCUCGUCCAGCAGGUCCAAACCAUCCAAUCACAGAACCCCGAAGACACAGAGACGACGCCCACAUCCGAGGCGUCUCUCCUCAGUGCGACCUGCGCUACCUUCAUCAGGACUUUAGAGGAGUGUAUGACGCUGGCCAACCAGAGUCUGACCCCUGACCUUCGACCUCCUGAAAGGAUGAAAAGGUCCAUCAGUCAUCCUGGAACGUACAGCUUCGACAGGUCCGGUGUUCUUAAAGAGUACGUGAGUGGAGGUCAAAGGUCAUCUCAGCGCAGGAACCGGACGUGCUCGGACAGCUCGGUUUACGACACCGAACGUGUACUUCCCGGCCUCAACGGCGACUCGUCCUCCAUCCCCGAGGAGCGAGGAGGAGGCAACGCGAGCCCGAAGACGACGCCCACCGACACAGACACCGACCUCUCCAUCUGACCGGUCCUC